AUGAAGGACGUGUACAAGCAGGUCGAGAGGGAUAAGGAUUUCUCCCAUCACAGAAGACACUACAGGGAGUUUCGUUUCGACCUGACUCAGAUUCCAGAAGGUGAGGCAGUGACCGCCGCCGAGUUCCGGAUUUACAAGGAUCAAAGUCACAUCAGAUAUGAGAACAUCACACUCAAAGUCACCAUUUACCAAGUCAUCAAAGAAUAUCCAAACAGGGAUGCCGAAACAUUUCUCUUGGACUCAAAAAAGAUCCGCGCUACUGAUGGGGGGUGGCUGGUGUUUGACAUCACAGCCACCAGUAAUCACUGGGUCCUGAACCCGCAGCAGAACAUGGGCCUACAGCUCUGCGUGGAGACCACUGACGGUAGAAGCAUCAACAUGAAAUCUGCUGGCAUCAUCGGAAGGGCCGGACCUCAGUCCAAACAGCCAUUCCUGGUUGCUUUUUUCAAAGCCAGUGAGGUUCUGCUCCGUUCUGUAAGAGCCACAGGAAACAAGAGGAAGAGCCACAACAGAAACAAAAGUAGAACACAACAGAAAUCUUCACCAGCUCUUAAAAGUGGAGAUCAGAACACCAGUGAACAGAGACAAGCCUGCAAGAAGCAUGAACUUUACGUGAGCUUCCGCGACUUAGGAUGGCAGGAUUGGAUUAUUGCUCCAGAGGGCUAUGCAGCCUUUUAUUGUGAUGGAGAAUGUUCGUUUCCACUGAAUGCACAUAUGAAUGCGACAAACCAUGCGAUUGUGCAGACCUUGGUCCAUCUAAUGUUUCCUGAUAAUGUGCCAAAGCCUUGUUGUGCACCGACCAAACUGAAUGCCAUAUCAGUGCUGUAUUUUGAUGACAGCUCAAAUGUAAUUCUGAAGAAGUACAGGAAUAUGGUGGUGAGGUCCUGUGGAUGUCACUGAGGACAGAUGAGCUUCUGUGUCAUAUUGCUGGAAUAACAUAUCUAAAGAAAUAGUUUUUGACAUUUGAUGUACAGUAUUAUGUAUAUAUUAGCUCAUAAUUCCUCUUAUUUAUUUGGCUUUGUUUUUUAAUAACGAUUUUUUAUAUGAGAGAUGUAGAUGAGUUACCACUCUUUACCACUGAUCCAUAGCUGAUUGCUCUGAGUUAGAGAGAGUUUUACAGGAUCAAGUCUAAUUUCCUUUCUUUAGAUUACAUAUCAGAUUUAUAAGCAACCACUCCAAAACAGAACUGCUGCUAUUUUACAAAAUAAGUGUAAAUGCCUUAAACUCUAAGUCACCUAAAUACAUUUUUUUAUGUGGGGAAAAACAGCCAUAUUGGAUUUUGCAAACAAACAAAUGUUUUUCUUUGUUACUGAAAUUAUUGUGGUGUUGUUGUAAAAGCACUGAGUCCUAGGACUAUACAUAUUUCCUGAAAUUACCCAAGGUAUUGCAGCCCACAAUUACUGUUCCAUAUUAGUUUGCUUUAGAUAUCAGUGGGUGGACAUGCAAAAUUAAGUUUGAUUUUUUUUUUUCAAGCAAAUAUGCUUCUUCCCUAUAUACACUUGUAUUAGUACUCUGAGUA